UUACGAGUAUAAACCAUUUCAGAAACCAGGAUAUAAAUGUGUUAAAAUGACGCAGGAAUUUAGAGGAAUUGUGGAUUUGCCGUCGGAGAUAUUUUUGAUGAUUUAUCAGCAUUUAAAUCAAACAGACAGAAUUAGAUUAUCAGUGGCGUGUAAGAGAAUGCAUGAGCUAUGCUUAGAUCCAGGCCUCUGGACGGAGUUCAUUAUUGACUGUAUGGCUUUACAUCAAUUCUCUCCUCAAAUUCUAUCCUUUGCCACUAGAAUGUGUGAGGUCGAAUCUGUUAAAGUCACCAACAAGUAUAUGGUUAAGGUCAGUGAGCAGAGUAUUGCUGAGUUGUUGCUUAAGUUUCAAACCUCCUUGAUAAAAUUAGAGUUCAGUGAUGAAGUUGAAGUAACGACAAGGUUUAUAGACAAACUAAGAAAAAUGGAUAAGUUGGAAUCACUAGAAUUACCAGGACUAUCAUUAACUAAGACAGGAUAUAGUUCUCUCAGUAAACUAACUAGGCUACAAAAGUUAAGAAUACCAAGUUGUACGGGUAGUAGUGAGGAACUGAUAAAUCUGCUCGGGAACUGGAACAAUCUCAAACUGCUCGAUAUCUCGGAUAUGGAAAAGGGAGCAGUCAAUACUAAGGUUCUAAGCGCUGUUACGAAGAAUAAUCCCAACCUUGAAAGUUUGAUUAUUGAUGAAUCAGACCGUGUAAAUAAUGGUUGCUGUAAGGCUAUAUCUGAGAACUGUCCUAAUCUUCUUGAACUCUCUAUGUAUGGUUGUGAUGGUGUGACUGAAUCUGGAAUUGUGAACCUUGUCAAGAAAUGCCAGAAGCUUAGAUUGUUGUCCCUGGGAAACCUAAGAAUGUUAUCGUGUCGAGCAAUCAAAUGUAUAGCUGAGCUAGUGGAUUUAGAACAUCUUGAUGUUUAGAUGUAUAGCUGAGCUAGUAGAUCUAGAAUAUCUUGAUGUUU